UGCAGCGUGUUGCAGCAGCCAGGCGGGUUGGGAGCCGAGGUUCCGGGAUGAAGAAGCAGAGCCAUUGAUAGAGCGCACCGUGCAGCAUGAUCCGCAGACCGAGGAUCAAUUUCAAGCCCAUUGUCAGGCCCGGGGGCCGCUCAGUGGGAGGGGGUGUAGCCCAGGUCGCCCCCCGUUCUGAUCCCACAGACCCCAGUCAGGAGAAUGCAGCGGGGACCCCGCCUAGGGAGGGCAACUCGCUGCCCGCAGCGGACCACAAGGAGCCCCAGGCACCUGAGGACAAGCAGGGGAGCCAGAAUGAAAAGGAGCUGGUGAACGGGAGUGAAAGCCAGCCAAUUAAAGUCACGCCUGUACCCUUCCAGAGAAGAAAGCGGAUAUCCACUUUACCCAACUUGGCAAAACCAAGGGCUUCCAAUUCCUCCUCUGCGAUUACACCUUCACAGAAACCUUCUCCAGUGGAAAUUCCAUUAGUUCAACCCAACAAUAACGCUCCUGUGAAGAAUGAAGUCUCCUCACCCGAGAAACCAAAGCUACCAUCUUCUCCAAAGUCUCCCACAUCUCAUGGACCUAUUCUGGGGCAACCUCAUCCUCUUCCAGAAAAGAGGACUCCGGUGCCACAUGUGCCGCAAUUUUCCCCUAAUAAGAAACCUGCUCUUAAAUUACUUGAUUCGUCCCCUGGUAAAAGUGUUCAGCCUUUGACCAAGGAGGAGCUAUGUCCCCUUAAAGAGAGACCUUCGCAGGAAUCGAGUGUGAAUGAAGCGUCUCUCAGUAGGACUAAGCCUACUCCCAUUAAGAAGGUAGUGGUUGAUGUGGAGAAAGAGCGACUUAGAAGGGCUCAGAAGUUAAGAGAUCUGUUACGGGAUGAAUUAAGGAAAGAGCGGAAAGCAUGGAAAGAGAAACAUCCCAUAAUAGAUACCAGUAUUGAACCAGAACGAUCGAAAAUGACUAUGAGAGAUUUUGUACAUUUCAUCCCUGUCAACAACCCCAUGAAAUCCUCUUUUGAAGAAAGAAAGAACAGUGAAAAAUCUCAAAGCACAGAAACUCCAAUCACCACAACUGACGUAAAAAACACCCCUCUUGAGGAAGAUGGUGAUCUAGAUGAGGAUGAAAACGAUAGCCAGUUUGUAGUCCCUCGUGUGAAAGUAGCAGAAGAUGGGUCCAUUAUACUGGACGAGGAAAGUUUAACAGUAGAAGUAACCAGAGCAAAAGCAGCCAUCGUUGAAGAAAAUGAUCCAAUUUUUGAGAGAGGCUCCACAACCACCUACUCUAGCUUUCGGAAGAACACUCAUUCUAAGCCAUGGUCUAAUCAAGAGACCGAGAUGUUCUUUUUAGCGAUCAGUAUGGUUGGGACAGACUUCUCCAUGAUCGGUCAGCUCUUUCCUCACAGGGAGCGUAUAGAGAUCAAGAACAAAUUUAAGCGAGAAGAACGAGCGAACGGCUGGAGGAUUGACAAAGCUUUUAGUGAAAAACAAGCCUUUGACUUUGAUUUUUUUGCCAAGCUCCUUGAAAGGGCACUGGCAGAAAAGACCAAAAAGCCAAGAUCUCCAAGAGUUAAAAAACCACAAGAGAAAAAAUCGCCCAAAACACGCAAGAAGCCGAAAGAUAAACAAGCAGCAGAGACAAAGAGUAAAGACUGUGACGAAAAUGAGGCCAAUUUGUCAGAAGGCGAGAUGGCGGACUUGAGGACCGCGGAGAAGGAGAACGAGGAAACGCUAGGAUUAAAUGAUAGUCAGACUUCCUUAGAUCUCGCCCCCGUUAAAAAGAAACGGCAACGCAAGAACAAAGAAGCAGAUUCUGUCGGCUCUGUAGAAGAGAAUAGUUUAGAGAAGGGAAAAAAAUCCCGGAAAAAAAAUAAGCAAGAGACGGAACCAAAGAGUAAAGACUGUGACGAAAAUGAGGCCAAUUUGUCAGAAGGCGAGUUGGCGGACUCUAGGACCUCUGAAAAGGAGAACGAGGAGACGCUAGGAUUAAAUGAUAGUCAGACUUCCUUAGAUCUCGUCCCCGUUAAAAAGAAACGGCAGCGCAAGAAAAAAGAAGCAGGUUCUGUCGGCUCUGUAGAAGAGAAUGGUUUACAGAAAGGAAAAAAAUCCAGAAAUAAAAAUAAGCAAGAGACUGAACCAAAGAGUAAAGACUGUGACGAAAAUGAGGCCAAUUUGUCAGAAGGCGAGAUGGCGGACUCUAGGACCUCUGAAAAGGAGAAUUGCGAGACGCUAGGAUUAAAUGAUAGUCAGACUUCCUUAGAUCUCGUUCCCGUUAAAAAGAAACGGCAACGCAAGCACAAAGAAGCAGACUCUGUCGACUCUGUGGAAGAGAAUGGUUUACAGAAAGGAAAAAAAAAAUCCAGGAAAAAAAAUAAAAGCACUUCAGGAGAGGAAGGUCAUGAGUCUGGAAAAGAAAAAACAGGGAAUGACGAUAGUUUGACCACCGAGGAAAAUCCGGUUCCAGACACCAUCAAAGAGAAGAAAAGAAGAGCACGGAAAAAAAACAAUGACCCCAAAGGUCCUGAAAAGGAGCCAUUAUUAGAGGAUGGUUCUGCAGUCUCUCCGUUGACCAAAAAGACCAAAUCUAGGCGAAAGGGAAAAACUGUGACCUUUGAGGACACAGACCCUGUGGAAAAUGUCAAGGAAGAUGUUGUUAAAACUUUAGAGAGUCUGUGCGUAGAGUCAGAAGAGUCCGUUCACAAUGAAUCCAUUACGCUCUUCUCUGAAGAUUCCGACUGGCCGGAAGGUGAUUUGCUAUCAAGCACACAGCUCAUGGAUGUCCAUGAUUGUGAAGUGCCUCCUGUUUCGGACUUGUCGACAGCUGAUGAACACAUGGUGUCUGUCUGUGAGGAUCCAAUGCCAGGAAGUCCACAAAAAUCUACUGGUGAAGCCUCUGACUUUAAGAGAAACACAUGUAAAGAGUCGUCUGUAAGAGACUCCGUACCAAAGGAGGUGGAUUCACACGUUAAAGACAAUUCGGCUGAGAUCUCCCAGCCAGGGAUUGAAUAUAUUACCAGACCCGAACCAAACUGCACCCCGCCGGAAGCAGCUGUGGAGAGGCUGGCAAAAGACACCAUCACUGUGUCUGAAAGUGUCAACGCCAGUUCAAAUGAAGACCUCACUACAAAACCAGAAGCAGAGAUGGAACCUGUAACGUCUCCCCCUAAACCCGCACCAGUGGCCCGUGGCAGAUUCCAGAAACCAAAGCCCAAUUUAGCAAAAAGCCAUACUCAAAAAGAAACUGUGGCAGUGGCAGAGGAUGCUCCCAAUAUUCAAGAAUUGGCGUUGGAAGGGUCCAGCAAGAUCUCACUGUGUCAUAAAGAGGACCUCACCGUGUUGGAAAAACAUGAAGACAAUAAAAUGGAAGUCUCCACGGUAGAUGGAAUGUUAAGCCUAGACGGGACCGUUCCAGUCACUCUUCCUAUUCAGUCUCCAAAGGAUUCGCCUUCCAAGCACUCGGAGUCUGCACAUCCACUCAGUGGAGCUCCAGAAUUUGCCCCACCAGAAACAGGUCAAGACAGGACCACAACAGAGGCCUCAUGUAACGAGAAGCCCCCUGGCCAGACAGUGAGAGGACGCCUGAUAAGACCCAAACCAAACUUGGCCAGAGCUCCUGGGAAGGUUAGACAAUUGGAUCAGUGUCAGACCAAAGAACAGACCGAUAAACUUGGACAGACUUCUGAUAAGCCUAGUAUUACCAACCUGCCUCUUGAAACUCCUAAAUUGGACAAAGGAACCGAGAACAAAUCUGAGGACCACUCUGUACCAAAGGAUGACUGCAGACCAUCUUCCAUUAAACCUACACCCCUUGUUCGGAGCAGAUUUCAAAAACCAAAGCCUAAUCUGGUGAGGACACCUACUAGAAUCGCAAAACCAGAGGAAAACCAUAGCAAAACAGCAGGAGCUUCAUCCGUAGCCCCAACACAUCACAAAGAGGAAAUGUGCCCUGUUAAAAAGGUAGGAGAACAAAGAUUGGAAAUCCCCAUGGAAGAAGAAGGUUCUACACAAGACUCUGCAUCAGUUCCUAUUGCCUGUACCACCCAAAGUGAUUCUUCCUCUGCGUCCUCUCACUCCGAAACCAUGGACAUGGAUUCUAUCCCAGAACACUUGGGGCAAGAUGCCACUUCAGAACUGUUUACGGCUGAUGAACCGCUCCGAUCUCCGAAUAAAUGUGUGAAAUCCCCAGCUAAAUUCUCACCACUGGCAUGUGAUGGGUCCAACGAACCCAAUCUAGUAAGGAUUUCCCCAAGAACUGAAAGAUCCAAUGUGGAAGAAGACCACAGCAGGAAAAUUACCGAGCAAGUCACCGAAGAACCCACUAGCAUUUCCCAGAGCCCCAGAGAAGGCCUGUCUGCUUUAGGAAAACCUGGAGAACCGGAAAGGGAAAUUUCUUUGUCAGAUGAAAACAUUGCACAACAAACCUCAGCUUCAUUUCCGUACACUUCCAACUCUGAGACCUCAGAAACUGUUCUAUCCCAGAAUAAACAACUUGAUUCUUUACCUGGACACAUGGGAUCAGAAGAGAUCUUGAAAGAUUCUAGCUCCACAGAAGAAGCCAUGAAACCAGAGCCAGUCAAGACACCUAUUCCAGUCAGGGGUAGAUUGCAAAGGCCAAAACCAAAUAUACAGCGAGCUGCAGCAAAGAAUAUUCCUGCUUCAAAUGGGGCAACUAAAGAUGAAAUCAGCAUGAAUGUGGAAUCCCUUUUACCCUCCACAAUAAAAACUAAUAACACUGUGUCGCCUGGAGGAUCCAUCUCUGUUCUGAAUGCUUCUUACCGCGAAAAAGCCUCGCCAAGUCGCCUCCAGCCUGUCAAUGAAGGCAGACCUGCAGAUGUCUUAAAACCAGCAGUCUUAUCAAGGAGCAGAUUCCAGAGGCCAAAACCUAACCUUGCCAGAGCUGCUGUGAAGAAAGAUUUAUCCGCUAGCGAUGAAGAGAGUAAAGCAACAGGACAAAGCAUCCAACCUACAGUUUUCAUCCCCAAAACCUCUAUAUGCGAAGAUGUUUCUAAACGGAGUGGUGACCUCGGGCAUCCACAAAGUGCUGCAUUAUUGUCUGAAGGACCUCAAUCCAGUGACCCUCCUCCAGAAACUCAGCAGAACCCACCUAAGGAAAACACCACGGUCGCUGGUGUAACGGAUGUACACGAUAGUUUUGAAGACGGAGUUGCAAUUAGUGAAGAAGCAGCUGCUUAUGAACCAAGCACACAUCCAACCUUAAGGACCGCAGGAGCCCAGUCCCCCAAUCUAUGGUGCACAGUCAAGAGGAAACGCACAAGCGGACAAGAAGACCAGGCUGGAUCAGUGGAUGUUAGAGAUUACAGUAAAGCUGAUACAGCCAAUAACUCUUUGGAGCAGUCGGGAGAAACAGAAUUUGGACAUACUGUUAGGCGAGAGACAUCUCUACAUACAAACGAUUCCCAGAUAGUACAUUGCGAUGGAAAUGAGCAACGCCUACCCAGCAAUCAAGCACCAGAACCCCUCAAAACACUUGAAGACCAUAAACCCAUCAUUGCAUUACCGGGUCUUAGAAUUCACCCAAAGCCAAACCUAACACGAGCUGUGGGAAGAAAGGAAGCCUCACAGACACUGGAUGCUGAAGAUAAAAUAAAGGCAGAUGAAAAGUUCCAAACUCCUGAAACCAGCUGCUUAAAUUCCCGCAAAGUGGUAGAGUCUAGCUGUCCUGCAGAAGGUGCUCAAAGGGUUAACACUGCUGCUUGCGAAACCACAAGACUGAAAGAAGAGGAUGCCACAAGCCUAAAUAUCAAACCGGCCCAGCUGAGAAGGGGGAGGCUUGUACGGCCAAAACCGAACCUCGCAAGAGCCUGUAACCGGAAGGAAAGCACAGAGACAAAUCAGGCGCUGUCUGCUGAGAUAGAACCCACUACUACAGAAACGCAUAAUGCCGACCCGUCCGUGUCAUCACCUGUUACUAAAAGGAAAGCUGCUGAAUAUGGCAAGACUGUGUCUCCUAAGAAAAGAUGCCCCUCUGCAUCAGAAGCCGAGUUUGAGCGUUACUUGGACCAUAAAGUCUUUGUUUCUGGAGAGCAGCAGAACACUCUGUCCCCAGGAAAACCGCAGCAUAGUGCAAAGGCGAAUCUGCAAGAGAAUAGCCCAUCUAUAGAAGUGAACAGCGCAUCUUCUGGAGCAGAGCCCGAUUGCCAUGUGUAUCAGAGGAGCAGAUUUGGGAGACAACUUAAAAGGCCAGUAUUGCCUACCCCACCUGCUCCAUCACAUUCUGAACCAGAGGAUAGCACAGAAAAAGACAAGAAUCUAAGGAGUACAAAGUCCAGUAUUGGAAAAAGCAGAUAUUCAAACUCUGUCUCCAAGAAGUGUAAAGGAAAGACCACCCUCAUCAAACUCCGAGCCUCUCAGGAGGAGGAGGAGGAGGACGAUGAUGAUGCACAGUUGGAUUUUGAGGAAGAGAAUUAUAACCUUGCUCCUGACAUGGUGAACCAAGCCCCCGUGUUUGUUCCCUUCAGCCUCAGGUCACCAAGACCUGUGCCUUCUGAGAUCGAGGAGACUGUUGAAGAGCUUGAAAUUCCAGUUGAGAUUUUGGAAGUCCCAUCUAUCACUGAUGGAACACACACACAUUCUCAUCUCCUUCCAGAUGCUCAGUCAGAGCAUGAAUCACCAGACAAUUCAGAUCACGUUGAUGGAAGUACUGAAGCGGCCAUGACUUUGAUAUCCAUGGGAAAUCCUGUAUUUCAGUCCAGAGUAUCUGAACCUGAUACAGGUUUAACACCAAAGGAGACUGAGCCAGAAACACCCUUGAUGGGUACCGGAUCCAUCAAUCAGAAGCACGAAUUUGAGAACUGUGAAGACCUUGCAUUUAAAGAUCGAACUGAAGAGGCUAGAUCAGAUGAAACUCACUGUGAUCUUCUCAGCAAUGAGCAUGGUGCUCCUGGUGAGCUCGGGGAUCAGGAUGGCCUUGUCUUAAUGGAAUGUCUCCCAUCUCAAAGUUCUGAUUCCAGGCUAGCCAACCUCUGCACUGAUCCAGAUGAUGGGAACUCUGGAGUUCCGUUUGAGCAGAUUAAUUUCCAUGGUCUUCCUGGAGACUCACAGCCGUGCUGUGUAGUACCACACAAUCAGGAAAUCUCAGAUAAUCUAUCUGAAACCGGAUGUCCAGAUGAGGAAACCACUUUUAUUUUGACUCUGGUAGAAAUUCCUCUAAACUCGGAUUACCAGUAUUCCUGCGAUACAUUUAUUCCAGAGGAGCCUCUUCCAGCUCCUGUUAUGGUCAGCGCAGGUUCUGCGCAUGCUGUAUCUACGUCAGAAUGUCAGAGCACAGAGACUGUAGCAUCCUCUGUUCCUGCGUCCUGCGAUCCGUGCAUCCCACCCGACAUUGAGAACGCUGAAUCGGCAGUAAGCCCGAUAUCAAGAAAAAGAAGGGCAAGCAACUCAGAGGCAGUAGAGGCUGAGCCAUUUCAGAAGAAGCCUUUGCUCCAAGAUAGUGUCCAGAUAGAAGAACAGCACGUAGCUGAAAAGAUUGUAGAAAAGAAUUUGGAAUUGACAAAUGUUGAGGAGGAAUCCACUUCUGUCACAUCAAUACCUGGACCAUGUCAGGAGGACCAAAUCCCCACUUCAGACAUCAAGAGCAAACCAGAAACUCCGUCAUCUAGCACACAAGAUACAAGUGAACUUGCAGUCCUCAGCACUGAAAACAAUUCAAUAAAUAGCACUGGACACUUACCUGCAGCAUGUUCAGCAUUACCUUCAAAAACCACGUUGAAACGGCCUGGCAAAAAGCCAUUGGGAAUAUUGGGAUUAGUUUGCAAAGAAAAAGCAAAGAGAGGAAAGGAGGACUUAAAGAGUAAGACGAAAACCUUGCCACGGCCUCUGUCUAAAAAGCCAUCUUUGAGUUCCCGGAAAUCCCAGGAUAAAGUCUCUACAAGAAACAAUGCCUCUGCAACAAGCAUUCAAGUGCCUUCACAGACCUGCUCUCUGCCUGCUGUGUCAGUGGUUCCUUCUGUUAAGGAGGAGAUCAAUGAUUCUGGCAAACCUCAGGAUUUGGACAAUCAAAUCAACAAACCUCAAGAAUUGCCCAGUUCGACUGAAGAUGUUUCGGAAGAGGAGGUCUCCACAGUCUCAGAAUAUUUUUUUGAUGACAUCUUUAUGCCGGUUGAUGAUGAUUAAAACUCAAAAGAUGUUGACUGACAGCAUAUUGCUAGCAAAAUUGCUCUCCCAAGACAAGUUUUCUUUUUUCAAAGGAAACCUUUAAGAACACAUGGAAAUGUUGCCUUGAGAAAGCACCCUUUUGUAGAACGCAUGCAUAUUCCGUGCCUUGUACAAAUUGUAUAUUUUACCAUAAUGAAGCAUGUUUUCCCUGUGGUUUACAAGUAGGCACAUUUAGAGCCUCUUUUAUAUCCGUCGUGUACAGUGACUGUGAAUAGGUAUAUUUAUUUAUUUAAAGUUUAAUUUAUUUUCUCUUUCAAUUGAAGACAAAGGCUGCAAAAUAUUGCUAUGCAGUACAUUGCUGGACCAUUGUUUUAAAUGAGCCUCUGUGCCUAAUGUACGAUAGAGCAAUGUAAAUCAUUGUCAGUGUUAAAAGUUUAAUUAUUCCCCAGAUUUCCUAUUCUUUCAAUGUGUUAAAUGAGAUCAUCCAAGUUUUUUUUUUUUUGGUUGGU